CAGCAUGAAGAUGACACACGCUACAGAUUUAGGCUUCCUUGUUAUGAUACUGUGUGGCAUGGGGAUGUCACAGGCUGUAAGACAUGUCACAGUGAUGGAGGGCGAGAGAUUAACCCUUACAUGCAGGAAGUCACCGGGCAUUAUGGACUGGAAAAAUGAUAGAAAUGAACUUCUAUUUUUCAACGAUAUAAAAGCUUACCAGGACAAGAGAUAUAGCAUCCUCAGCUUUACCAGUUCAGACUACACUUUAGCAGUAUCACCUGUGACUUUGAAAGAUGAGGGCAUGUAUACAUGUAUGCAUUACAGCAGCAGCUCACCAGAAACCACAGUAAGGCGAUACAAUGUGACUGUUUUAGGUGCGCCCGAAAUAACAUACACCAAGCAUGGAGACAGAACGCUUGUAAAAUGUUCAGCAAAAGGAAGUACACCUCCUGUAGUGUCCUGGCAGAUUGGCAGUGGAAUCGACCUUGAAGCUCGACCACAGCACACCAAACAAGACAAAACAGGCAAAUGGACCACAGAAGUUAAUAUAAGCAUCAAAGUCCUUACGAGGAAGGAGACAUUGAAAUGUGUACUUCUUGAUCCUACUUCACCUGGUUCUCUUGGAGUCAGAUUUGUGAUCAUAGAAAACGAGGAAUUUGAGCAAUAUUCAACACAAACAAGCAGCACAGCCCAGACGGCAACUUCACCAACAUCUCACACCACAGAUUCACCUCAUGUGUCAACACAUUUCACUAUCACAGGAGGGACGGAGCACAUGGACACCACUAACAUGGAAACAAGUCAGUACACAGACCCAAACAUCAAUAUGACUUCCACAGAGGGCUCCAGUUCAAUGCCGGUCAAUACCAGCUCUACAUUAGACAACUCCACUUCUGUUACAGAAAAUGACACCAGGAAUUUCACUGAAGAGGUCAAUGAGAGACCAGGAAGACGGCAGGGAGGGAGCGCAUCGCUCUUCAUCACCGCUGUGACAGCCCUAAUUAUCUGCCUGCUGGUAGUUGUCACGUUCUUCGUUGUCAAGUUGAGAAGAGCACACAAGAAGUGGAAGUUAGAAAAAGAAGAGUCAGAUCAGUCUGUGGAGAGUGGCAAAUCAAAAUCAAGUGGGGAAGAGGGCAAGCCUAAAGUAUCCCUGGGUUUCCUGAAGAGCAAUUUCAGAAAACAUAAGGCUGGGGAGGGUGCCCUCGGUCAACAAACUUCGGCUUCAACAUCAGCGUCCACUCUAGCAUCGAACCCAUCAGCUGCAACAUCUCAUUCAGCAUCACACACAGUUGAGGUGAUUGUGGAAAAUAAUGCCAGCAAUGGCAUCGAGCAAACUCAAAACCACGGAGCUGCUCCAGUGAAAGAGACUGAACUGUGAUGCUAAACUUAUAAGCAUUUUGUUGCCAUUGGUGCUAAAUCUCAGGAUGAAUGUUUUUGAUGGAAUGUGAACAUGGGUCAGCCUGUACAUAGCCUAUGUUGUCCCUGAAAUUCUGUAAUAUACUGUAUAAAUGAAUGAUCUUAACUGAAUGCUGUGUAUUCAUCACAUACAAAGUAGCUACAUGUAUAAGCUGAAUGAAAUGUUGUCAAUAUAAAGUGUGGUUUUGUUAUAAAAAUAAAGUUAUUUUUUAAAAUCUA